CGCAAGUUCUUGCGCCCCCUGACCACUCGAACAGACCCCUUCUUCCUUCCGAGGUCACCACUUGCCUGCCCUGGAGUUCCCAAGGAGAGCAGUUGUCCUAGUAACUUUAGCGGUGCUUUCUUAAAAUAGCCGGGCCCGCUUCUACCUUGGCCAAGGACACAAGGGUUGCCUGUCUCCCACUUCCUCUAGUCCAGGCGUCAUUCCGUCUAACCUCUUACCAGACGGGCAGGAUGCCUAACUCAGGCAGCAAGGAAGUUCUUUUUGAAGUCUGACUAACAUCCCUUCUGCUGCAUCCUGGGCGAGUGGUCAGGGUUGUGUCUCCUGAGUCCUGGUCUUAGAACAUCCGGAGGUUUUAAGGCAGUGCUCUCUAGAUCUUUCUUCCAUAAAUUGAUGGUCUUCUGGAUUUAGGGGGCGGGUCCAGUCUACACCCGUACCGUGUGCUGGCGCGGCCGCGUGCUCGUGGGGGCGGGAGCGCAUGUGGCAUGUAACAGGUCAUGUGGCAACCUCCUAGGGACACGCGUGGGGUCUGGAGCGGGACACGCGUGUGCAGCUGGGUCCUGCGUGCGGCUCGGGGUGGUGGACGAGAGGGACGUGGACACGAUUGGGGCCUGUCUGAAGAGUAUGCUGCGCCCUCACUCCCCACCUGGCCUGGCCAUCCCUGCCCCCCCAGCCUGACCCCCGGCCCCAGCAUGGCCCAGGGUGCCAUGCGCUUCUGCUCGGAAGGCGACUGUGCCAUCUCCCCGCCACGAUGCCCACGCCGCUGGCUCCCCGAAGGCCCAGUGCCCCAGAGCCCCCCCGCCAGCAUGUAUGGUAGCACAGGCUCCCUACUACGGCGGGUGGCAGGUCCAAGUCCCCAAGGCCGGGAACUUGGACGUGUGACAGCACCCUGUACACCCCUGCGUGGCCCCCCUUCACCCCGUGUUGCUCCCUCACCCUGGGCACCCUCUUCACCCACUGGGCAGCCCCCACCAGGGGCCCGGAGCUCUGUGGUCAUAUUCCGCUUUGUGGAGAAGGCCAGCGUGAGGCCACUGAAUGGGCUACCUGCUCCCGGAGGCUUGAGUCGGAGCUGGGACCUGGGUGGGGUCUCUCCUCCCAGUCCCACCCCAGCCCUUGGUCCUGGCUCCAACCGAAAGUUGCGGCUAGAAGCAUCCACAUCAGACCCACUCCCAGCUGGAGGAGGCUCAGCUCUGCCUGGCAGCCAGGGCCUUUUACACGGGCCACCAGCUCAACCUCAGGUUGGAGCAGACGGCCUUUACUCCUCUCUCCCCAAUGGGCUGGGGGGACCCUCUGAGCACCUGGCCACAUUAUUCCGAGGACCUGCUGACACUGGACUCCUUAACCAGGGGGACACCUGGUCCUCACCCAGAGAAGUCUCCUCUCAUGCCCAGAGAAUCGCUCGAGCCAAAUGGGAAUUCUUCUAUGGCUCUUUGGACUCCCCCAGCUCAGGUGCUAAGCCCCCAGAGCAGGCCCCCCCAUCUCCACCUGGGGUGGGCUCAGGGCAGGGCUCUGGGGUGGCUGUGGGGCGAGCAACCAAGUACUCCGAGACGGACCUGGACACAGUGCCCCUGAGGUGCUACCGCGAGACCGACAUCGAUGAGGUGCUGGCUGAGCGGGAAGAGGCUGACUCGGCCAUCGAGAGUCAGCCCAGCUCUGAGGGCCCGCCUGGCACUGCCCGCCCACCUGCCCCACGUCCCGGCCCAUGCCUUGGCCCUCGUUCCAGCCUGGGCAGUGGCAAUGAGGAUGAGGAUGAGGCAGGUGGGGAAGAGGAUGUGGACGACGAGGUGUUUGAGGCCUCAGAAGGGGCCCGGCCAGGCACCCGAAUGCCUCACUCCGGGCCUCUCAAGUCGCCCCUGCCCUUUCUACCUGGGACCAGCCCCUUGGCUGAUGGGCCCGACUCUUUCAGUUGUGUGUUUGAAGCCAUCUUGGAGUCACACCGGGCCAAGGGCACCUCCUACACCAGCCUCGCCUCGCUGGAGGCCCUGGCCUCACCUGGCCCAACCCAGAGCCCCUUCUUCACCUUUGAGCUGCCUCCCCAGCCCCCUGCCCCCAGGCCUGACCCACCUGCUUCUGCCCCACUUGCCCCUCUCGAACCGGAUUCUGGUACCAGCUCUGCUGCUGAUGGGCCUUGGACACAGAGAGGGGAGGAAGAGGAGGCAGAGGCCAAGCAGGCCCCAAGGAGGGAGCCCCCUAGUCCCUGCCGCUCAGAAGACAGCUACGGGCUGGGGGCAGCUCCCCUGGGCAGUGAACCGCCCCUGAGCCAGCUCGUGUCUGAUUCGGACUCAGAGCUGGACAGCACAGAGCGCCUGGCCCUGGGAAGCACAGACACCUUGUCUAAUGGGCAGAAAGCAGACCUGGAGGCUGCGCAGCGCCUAGCUAAGAGGCUGUACCGACUAGACGGCUUCAGGAAGGCGGAUGUGGCCCGGCACCUGGGCAAGAACAAUGACUUCAGCAAACUUGUGGCUGGAGAGUACCUGAAGUUCUUUGUCUUCACGGGCAUGACUCUGGACCAAGCUCUCAGGGUGUUUCUGAAGGAGCUGGCCUUAAUGGGUGAGACCCAGGAACGGGAGCGCGUGCUGGCCCACUUCUCCCAGAGAUACUUCCAGUGCAAUCCUGGAGCCCUGUCCUCAGAGGACGGUGCGCACACGCUGACCUGCGCCCUCAUGCUACUCAAUACGGAUCUCCACGGCCACAACAUCGGGAAGCGCAUGACCUGCGGAGACUUCAUUGGUAACCUGGAGGGCCUCAACGAAGGCGGCGACUUCCCCAGAGAGCUGCUCAAGGCUACUCCCAAGAAGAGGGGUCCCCUAUGCCACUACUGGAACCCAUCCUCUCCUCCGACCACCCCAAGGCCCCUGCAGGUCCCCCAGGCCAACUGUACAGAGGCCUUGUACAGCUCCAUCAAGAAUGAAAAGUUGCAGUGGGCCAUAGACGAGGAGGAGCUGAGACGCUCUCUGUCUGAGUUGGCCGACCCCAACCCCAAGGUCAUCAAGAGAGUCAGCGGGGGCAGUGGCAGCGGCUCCAGCCCUUUCCUGGACCUGACUCCCGAGCCUGGGGCCGCAGUCUACAAGCACGGGGCCUUGGUGCGAAAGGUGCACGCAGACCCUGACUGCAGGAAGACACCUCGGGGCAAGCGGGGCUGGAAGAACUUCCACGGGAUCCUCAAGGGCAUGAUCCUCUACCUGCAGAAGGAGGAGUACCAGCCUGGGGAGGCCCCGUCGGAGGCUGAGCUGAAGAACGCCAUCAGCAUCCACCACGCACUGGCCACGCGUGCCAGUGACUACAGCAAGAGGCCCCACGUCUUCUACUUGCGCACCGCUGACUGGCGGGUCUUCCUCUUCCAGGCUCCGAGCCUGGAGCAGAUGCAGUCCUGGAUCACUCGCAUCAAUGUGGUGGCUGCUAUGUUCUCCGCACCCCCCUUCCCAGCUGCUGUCAGUUCCCAGAAGAAGUUCAGCCGCCCUCUGCUGCCCAGUGCUGCCACCCGCCUCCCCCAGGAGGAGCAGAUGCGGACCCACGAGGCCAAGCUGAAGGCCAUGGCAAGUGAGUUGCGGCAGCACCGGGCUGCCCAUCUGGGCAAGAAGGCCCGGGGCAAGGAGGCUGAGGAACAGCGGCAGAAGGAGGCCUAUCUGGAGUUUGAGAAAUCUCGCUAUGGCACAUAUGCAGCGCUGCUUCGGGUCAAGCUGAAGGCGGGCAGUGAAGAGCUGGAUGCGGUAGAGGCAGCACUGGCCCAAGCCGGGAGCACGGAAGACGGACUCCCCCCUCCUCACUCCAGUCCCUCCUCGCAGCCCAACACCUCCAGCCAGCCCCGGGCUCAGUGUCCUGGCCCAGAGUCUCGCGCAGGGGCAGGCAGUGGGCGGUGGAAGCCCUGAGUUGAGGGUGGGAGUGGGGCGGAGCGGGUGGUGCCCACCAGGCACCUGCAUGACAGGGCCCUGCCUGAGCCCGGGCCGGCCUCGGGCCACCUGGGAGGGCCCCUCGGUCCAGGGCCUGACCGCGCCGGACGCGGUGUCCGGGGCAGGGCAGGGCUAGGGCACGGGCCUCAGGAGCCUUAGGCUAAGGGCCCCUCCGAGACCCCCUUUUUGUGAUAAUGUUUUGCACUUUUUCGUACAGGGGACUGGGACGGGAGGGGCCAGGGUCCCUAGACUUUUGAUGCUUUUUUUUGUGUGUGGGGGAGACCUGACGUUUCUGCUGAGACACCCCACCCCUGACACCAGCAAUCGCCCUCCACCCUGGGGCCUGGCUCAGACAGAAGCCAGGAGUUGGGGCUGAGCUGGUUUUCCCUCCCUCUUCCAUGAGGGCUCACCCGCUCUUUCCAGAGGUGGCGGAAGGGUGUCCAUGCUGAGGCCCUAUGCACAGGCCGGGGGCAGCAUGGCCUUGCUUUCCCUCCUUCAGUGGGCCCUGCCCUUUGUAUAGCCUCCACCUCCAUUAAAACUGCUCUAGACUUGC